AACCUGAGAGUGGACGCUCGAAGCAACAGCUCCCUCACCCUGCACUGGGAGGUCCCCCAGGGCCCGGACCCCCAGAGCCUCACCUACUGGGUCCAGUGCACUGGAGAUGGUGGCAGAAACAAGACCCAAACCACGACAGACACCAGCGUCACAGUGCACGAACUUGAGGCAGCGUCCUGGUACACCCUCUCAGUGUGGGCCGAGAAGGACGGAGCGUCUGGCUCCCAGGUGACCCUCAGUACUGCCACAGCCCCUAACCCAAUUCGAAGCCUGUCUUUGGAGGGUCAGACCAACAGCUCUGUCACCCUGAGCUGGGAGGCCCCCAGUGGCCCCGAGCUUCAGGACUAUACGUACUGGGUGCAGUGCACUGGAGAUAGUGACAAGAAUGAGACCCGAAACACGACAAGCACCAGUGUCACGGCUGAGGCCCUGGAACCUGGAACCUUGUACCAGUUCUCCGUGUGGGCCGAAAAGAAUGGAGUACCCAGCUCCAGGCAGAAUGUCAGGAUCGCCACAGUCCCUAAUGCUGUGGCAAGUCUCGAAAAACAGAAUCAGACCAACAACUCCAUCACCUUGAGCUGGACAGCUCCUGUGGGCCCCACUCAUCCCCUGUACACCUACUGCGUCUCAUGGGUCAAGACGGGCAGUACCACUGCGUCCCGCAACACCUCCCAUACCAGAAUCACACUGACUGCGCUGGAAGCUGGGAGCCUGUACAACAUCACCGUCUGGGCUGAGAGGAAUGAAGUCAGAGGUUAUGCCAGUACCCUCAUGGAGGCCACUGCCCCAGACCCUGUCACCAUCACCUCCUGCGUCAGCACCUCUGGGGGGUAUGGGGUCAUCCUGACCUGGUCCUGCCCCUCCGGGGGCUAUGAGGCCUUUGAAUGGGAGGUGGGCGGGCAGCGUGGCUCCCAGGAUGGAUCUUCAUGUGGCAAGGACGUGUCUGUGCUCGGUCUUGGGCCGGCUCAGUCCUACCGGGCCACCGUCACAACUAUCUCAAAUGGAAUGAGGGCAUCGUCUGUCCCCAAGACCUGCAGCACCGAGAGUGCAGGGGUCAUUGCUGGAGCCAUUGUGGGUGUCCUCCUGUUUCUCAUCCUGGUGGGCCUGCUGAUCUUUUUCCUGAAGAAGAGGAAUAAGAAGCACCAGGAGAAGGCAGUGCCCAGGGAUCUGGUGUUCGGAUUUCCAGAGGAUAUCCUGGCUCAAGACUUUGCUGAUCAUGUUAGGAGAAACGAGAAGGACAGCAACUGUGGGUUUGCAGAGGAGUACCAGCAACUGGCCCUGGAAGGUCAUGGCCAGUCUCAGAUGGUGGCUUUAGCUCCUGAGAACAAGGCCAAGAACCGCUACAGAAAUGUGCUGCCCUAUGACUGGUCCCGGGUGCCCUUGGAACUCCUCCAUGAAGAACCAGGCUCUGACUACAUCAAUGCCAGCUUCAUGCCUGGACUCUGGAGCCCCAGGGAGUUCAUUGCAGCCCAGGGCCCUCUGCCCCAAACUGUGGGCGACUUCUGGCGCAUGGUCUGGGAACAACAGAGCCACACCCUGGUCAUGCUGACCAACUGCAUGGAGUCUGGCCGGGUGAAGUGCGAGCAUUACUGGCCUCUGGAUGCUCAACCCUGUACUCAUGGGGACCUGCAGGUAGCUCUGGUGGGUGAGGAGGUGAUGGAGAACUGGACGGUCAGGGAUCUGCAGCUCCUGCAUAUGGAGGAGCAGAAGACUCUCUCUGUGCGUCAGUUCCACUACCUGGCCUGGCCGGACCACGGUGUCCCCCAACCAGACCCCUUGCUGGCUUUCUGGAAGGUGCUCCGGCAGUGGCUGGACCAGACCUCGGAGGGAGGCCCCCCCAUUGUGCACUGCAGCGCUGGCGUGGGUCGCACAGGCACCCUCAUUGCCCUUGAUGUCCUGCUUCGGCAGUUGGAGUGCGAGGGUCUCGUGGGGCCCUUCAGCUUCGUGAGGAAGAUGAGAGAGAGCCGGCCAUUGAUGGUGCAGACCGAGGCCCAGUACGUAUUCCUGCACCAGUGCAUCCUGCGGUUCCUCCAGCAGUCGGCCUCAGCCCCGGCCCAGCCGGAGCCCACCUAUGAGAACGUGGCAAGUCUCACCUAUGAGAACGUGGCUGCCAUCCAGGCCCAGGAGCUGGAGGUUUAAGUCACACAGGCAGCUGGACCUGCAGCCCAGCAAGACUCAGCUCUGAAUUCCCACUGCAGCCAGAUUCCUGGACCCUGGGGAGACCAGCGGGCUGGGACCCGGGACUCCCAGGCCCUGCUGGAGGAGUGCCCUGGGAAGCCACAGUCCUGUUUCAAAGAGGAGAGGGGUUAUGAGUCUUCAACUCACAGAUCUGGUGGGAGCCAGGACCUAGAUUCCUGGUCCUUGUAGGAGGAGAGAGGUGGUAGAGGAUUUCCUAGUGUUUUGUUGCAUUUUUUUUUUUUUUGGUA